AUGGAGCCCGGCGCCGCGCCUGACCUCCGCGACGUCGAGCAGAAGCUGGGGCGCAGAGUGCCCGAGAGCCUGGCGCGGCCCCUGCGCGGGGAGGAGCUCCCGGCCCGCCCCGCCGCCGCGGCCCCCGGCCCCCGCCGCCGCCGCGCUGCCGCCCUGGCCCGUCUGGAGACAAAACUUCAGCUCCUGAGGCAAGAGAUGGUUAAUCUCCGAGCCACUGAUGUGAAGCUUAUGCGCCAGCUCCUCCUCAUCAAUGAAAGUAUUGAAUCAAUCAAGUGGAUGAUUGAAGAGAAAGCCAUUGCCAGCAGAGGCAGCAGUUUGAGUGGAAGCCUGUGCAGCUUGCUAGAAAGUCAGGAGACAUCCCUCCAUGGCAGCUGUAGCAGUUUACAAGACUGUAGUGAUGGACUGGAUGGAAUAUCAGUGGGGAGUUAUUUAGACACCUUAGUGGAUGAUGUCCCUGGUCACCAAACUCCUUCAGAUAUGGACAAGUUCAGUGAUUCUUCUGUCACAGAGGACUCACAGUCUCCACAUAAGCAUUCCAAAAUUGAUUCUGAUGACUACUACUGUUUUGGUUAAUAAGAACAAGUUCCAGUGGGACACAAAUGCACUUGUACUUAUCCUUUUUCUUUGCUGCUAUUUUAUUUAAUGUGCAAAACCCCCAAAGUUCUCUUGGAAAGAGAAUAUAAUAUGAUACUUCAAUUCUAUUGCAUAACUUUUCUGUUGCUUCUAAUGCAUUUUCUCCUUGAUGGGUUGGGCUUUUCUCCUCCUCCUCCACCUCCUCCUCCUCAUA